AUGCUUGACUUACCAGGAGGAUAUGAAUCAUUCAAAGAAAGAUUAAAAAUCAGGGAUCCUGGAUUUGAUAAACAGUGGCACAUUAUAAAUCGAGAUCAUCGUGGUCACGACAUUAAUGUGGCUGGAGUGUGGAGUCAAAAUAUUACAGGUCAAAAUGUAGUGGUUGCCAUAUUGGAUGACGGGCUUGAUAUGGAUAAUGAGGAUCUCAAGGAUAACUUUUUUGCUCCUGGAUCUUAUGACUUUAAUGACCAUACAAAUCUUCCAAAACCAAAACUCUUUGACGAUACCCAUGGAACAAGGUGUGCGGGUGAAAUCGCUGCAGUCAAAAAUGAUGUGUGUGGUGUUGGAAUGGCUUAUGGUGCCAAGGUAGCAGGUAUACGAAUAUUGUCUGCGGACAUUACAGAAGCGGAUGAAGCAGCAGCACUUAAUUACAAGUUCCAGCAAAACGAUAUAUAUUCAUGUUCCUGGGGACCUCCUGACCAAGGAGAAGUUGCCGAGGCACCAAAAGGAAUCGUUUUGGACGCCAUAAAAAACGGUAUUAAUAACGGACGUGAUGGUAGUGGAACUAUCUUUGUGUUUGCAUCUGGAAAUGGUGGUGCCAACGACGAUAACUGUAACUUUGAUGGAUAUACAAACAGCCUGUACACAAUCACAGUGGGUGCGAUAGAUCGUCUGGACAGACAUCCCUAUUAUGCCGAAAGCUGCUCUGCUCAACUUAUCGUCACCUAUUCAAGUGGCAAUGGUGGACACAUUUAUACUACAGACGUUGGGGGCAAUUCAUGUUCUGAUCGUCAUGGUGGAACGUCUGCAGCUGCUCCAUUAGCAGCCGGAGUAUUUGCCCUUGUUCUCUCCGUGCGGCCUGAUCUUACAUGGCGUGAUAUGCAACACUUGUGUGUUCGCACAGCCGUUCCCGUAACACUCGAAGACGACGACUGGGAUGUUCUUCCCUCUGGGCGGAAAUACAACCACAAGUUUGGUUAUGGAAAACUAGAUGCGUUUGCUAUUGUGGAGGCUGCAAAAAAUUUUAAAAGUGUUGGACCUCACACUUUUCUGGAAACCUCAGCUGGACUUUUGGAAAAACGAAUAAUACCAGAUUUGACAGAUUUUAAGAAUGGAAUUGAUGUCAGCAAGGCACUAACGAGUGUUGUUGCUAUUGACCAGGAAAGGUUAGACAGUGUAGGGCUUGGGACAUUGGAACAUGUUACUGUUACGGUUGAUAUUGAACACGGCAGAAGAGGAGAUUUGGAAGUAUUCUUGGAAAGUCCUAAUAAAGUAGUCAGUAAGUUGGGCGCUUCAAGAAAGUUUGAUAACAGCAAGGAUGGGUUGGUGAACUGGACAUUUAUGAGUGUAAAGCACUGGGAAGAGAAUCCUGUUGGUGAUUGGACAUUGCGUGUGAUGGACAUUAAAAAUCCACAAUAUACUGGGAGUCUUAUUCAAUGGUCGCUUACUUUGUGGGGAGAAACA